AUGCUUACUGACUUUCCGAACGAGAUCCAAUGUCAGAUCAUCCGUCUCCUCGACCCCGUCGGCCUCAUUUCAGUGAGCCAAUCCAGCAGACACUUUAGACGUCUUGUGAACCCGCAAAAGAGACACUUAGUCGAGCGUCUUCUUCAAGUUGAGUUGUCAGCUGAGCACGGCGGCCCAACUCUCACCUAUCGGUCAAGAGACAGCAGAUUGGAGCCCAGUUGGCAAGAUGCAGCAUGGGAAUCAAUGCGUUGGGCUUGCACAAGCUGCCUUCGUCUUCUUUCAAACAAAUUCUUCGAUAACCAGUCGCUGCUACGUUUGAGCUACCGGAAGCCUCUUCCGAACUCUGAUGCUGCUCAGAUGAUUACUACCUGGGAACCUCGCCCCAACUGGCGGCCUCAGGAUCGACUGGCCCCCGGCUCUGAAGCAUAUCAGUUGGAGAAAAGCAGACGCAGAAUUUACUCUUUCGCGGUGACAAAAGGCGUCAUGUGUGAUGUCGAAGGACAUCCAGCUGAACAUUUGGACAUUUUAGACGUGACCGUUUUGGCUGGGUUUGAAAAGCUGUUUGAGAAGGAAUUUCGCGAUAUGGACGAUGAUGAACAACUGGAGUUGUUUGACAAAAUCGCACUUCUGAUUGAGAACGAUGACUGCGGUAAGAAAAGAUAUCUUCGGAAAUGCAUUGAGUGCAAAUUUCGCAAAGGAUCCUUGUCUCAUCGGCUUGUGGGCGAUCGUGGCAGUCAAAGCUUUCCCGUCAUUCCCAGUCGGCGAGUCGGUUUCAAGUCAGACCUGGAUCGCAAUUUCCCAGGAUUCCUCGGUACACUGAAAAGCGAGCAGCCGUUCGUGAAAAGCCACAGCGUCGGUGUGUAUCUGUAUACCAUGUACAUGGCUCGGUGCCGCAGAUGCGAGCGCUGGCAAGAGAUCCGGUCUUUUCGCUUAGAAGGACACCGUUGGGGAUGGAGACAUGGUGUAUCUGAGGAAGCAGAGUUACCAGGAAAGAAGCAUGACACGAGCUUCUGCAACAAGUGCCUUUCUGACACCAGAGGCCGUGAACAACUCACUGAAUCUCUGACGAAAUGGAUUUUGGCUCUCCUUGACAAGAGACUUAGUCUCUAUGUAUCACAGCUAUAUCACCUUCUCAACACCCAGUACUACACGCCCGUCUACCACCUUCCACAAACCGAGGCGGAGGAGUGGGGAGUUCUUCUUCAACAGACGCCGAAGGUUAUCAUAGGUCUCACUUCGGGCUUAUCCCGUGAGAAUCUUGAUCUUAUCAAUACCCGUCGCAGACAAUGGAAAGAUCUCUUGGACCGGGCGAAGCAGAGCGAUGCCCAAAAUCCGCAGUAUCGGGUCCUUGAUGGCCUUUACGACAAAUGGGUCCGUCGGUCGGAUGCUAUUGAAAGCAAAUGGAAGUGGAUGAUGAGCUGUAGAGAGGAGAUUGAAGAUAAUCCUGAGCUUUUGGUUGAUUGGGCCCUUCACAGGGAUGGGGCUGCUUUUACGUGA